AUGCCUCGCCUUGACCGUGGGCUGUAUUCUAAAGAGAGCCUGAUCACUGACAUCCAGACAAAAGGCUCUGUUCAACCAGCGUGUUUACCAUUCUUUGUCCUUGACGACCGGGGGGAGAUGGGGUUUAGUAAGGGGGUGGCGGUGAUUGCAGACCUCAGCACACGUUCCACUGUUUCUGAUGCUAACGUUAGGUGCCUGCUCAGAGUGUAGAAAGAUGGCUUCCUCUACUUCCCAAUGUGAAGGGGGGUGGGGGUCUCAUUGUGCAAGCCGUCACUUACAGUACACCGGAAACUGCAAGCAGGGCAAAUGACAUCACUAUGUGAGUAUGAGCCUACGACUCUGUGCUCUCUCCCACACUGUGGGUUUGGAGGUUUAUCCAGUGUAAUAGCAUUUAAAAUAAACAACCUUGGUUUGGAACAGGCCCUGUAUUGUGGUGUGGCUGAUAGGCCCGGUCCGAGCCAGGGGGAGCAGCUGUCAUGUAUCGGAGCAACGUGCUACAUUAGGAAAUUGGGAAUUAUGUCUCUGGAGCGCAGAGGGAAAGCGAGUGGUUUUGUUUUUUGUGUACCUAUCCCAAGGGGUAGCUGCUCGCACUUGUAAGACCCUCUCUUGAUGUCUUUCUCUCUCUUUCGCUGCUCGUAAAUUGUUGCCUCAUGCUAGGAUGAGGUGGAUGUCCCAGGAGAUGUUUUACACAUGGCCGUCUCACGUCUCUCCGUCGCCCCUUUCCUUUCCCCGCCGCACUUUGCCCCUUUAAAACUGACACUGCCUGACCCGCCUCACCCAAAUUAUCCCAAACUUAAUUAUCUGAGUUGGGCCGAAAGCAGGUUCCCUUGUCAAACACUGAUGACGCCACUUACCGAUACAUGUUUUCUUCACUGGCGAAGGGGCAUCUCGAACUAGGAAAGACAACUUAUCUAGAGAUAAGAAAACUCUGAUUAUGACCUUGCGAACUCACUCGUGGGAAUUUCAUAAUUUAGCCUAGUUGCUGUUACACAGGACGGAUGCAAAUUAUAUUGGAGUAAUUUUGUAACUUACUAGAAAACCCUCUCUUAGACAUGUCUGUCUGUCUCAGACAUCAGCCAACAGGUAGUUUCCUCGAAAUAAGAAAGCAGCUUGUUUGAGUUGGCAGCCAAAGGAGGCCUGUAGGUGAAAGCAUUGCUUUCCUUUCCUGAAAAACCUCCAACUUGCCAAAAUGGGUAAUAUUUGAACAGAGUUUCUGUCAGUUCAGUUGGUAUUUUUCUCCUCAGCCUCAGUUUGUUUUUAAAAAAAAUCAGUCCACAACACGUCACUGUUCGUGCCCCUAGCAUUUUUUAUUCUGUCAAAGGUUUGCUGGAGACUGGAGAGGACCUAUCAUCGAGGCUUGAAUUGAACAAACGACGAGCCAGUGCCACACAGCUCGAUCUACAGACGUACCCCCAAACGCCAAAGACGAAAUGGAUAAUUUAGAUUCUGUUUAGCAAUAAAUAAUUUAAUGUAGAACUCGAGCAAUGAGCCGUGCUGUUUUGACAGUUUUUCACUCAUAUUUCUUAAUGUUUGUGUUUCAUUGUUGAGUAAUUGGUUUACUCCGCCUAUGAGUUGAAUAGCAAGUACAGCAGUGGGAACAUUUUCAAAGGCUCUCGCCGCUGAAACACAGUUUACUCAAUGUCAUACAAAAACAGGCUAUUGCCGCGAGUGAAGAGAUUUAAUAUGUAAAUACUCACAGCAUUCCCCAGGGAGCAAAACUGGUUGAAAUGACGUUUUUUUUAAAUGACCAGUUUUACAUUCAUUAUGACGUCAUCUCAACCAGUUUUGCCUGCUGGGAUGUUGCUGAGCUGUAGUGUUGGAUGGCAGUGACCUAUGUCGUGGUCUCGGGUGGUCUCCAGCAGUUGUGGGCUACCGUGGCUGUCGUGUCACCAUGGCAACUCGUCGUUAUGAAUCACAGGCCUCGAGCUGGACGACUUCAAGACAGGAAGUCCUACUGUACUGCAGCAGCGCCCGGCCGGCGUCUGUUCCACGAGCGGCCAUUAAAUCACACUAGAGUCACUGAUUAAAGCCAGCGUCGAUUCAGGAAGUAACUGAACGAUUUUGAAAGGGAGAAGAGUGCUUUCACACAUCCCCCCCCCCCCCCCUCUUGUCUUUUGUCUCGAGGGCUCUUUGAGGCUGCCAACAGCCCCUAUAUAGGCUCUGUUUCCUUCCAAGUCUGUAGCGUUUCUAUUAAGGGUGAUUUUAUUAGCGAGUGCCGAGAGCACAGGACUGUUGGAGGUCUCUUAAAUCUAAAAAAAAUAAUACUUUUUUGAAUUCUUGUGGUCUUUGAGAUAUACUGUAACUGAUAUCGAACUGAAGCAUUGUUCCAACUAACUUUGUCACUUCUCCCUGUCCCUCUUAGAAAUCAUUGAUGACCUCACACACCUGGUGGACAAGACGGAUGACCGGAUCCGCAACGAGACACGAAGGGUUAAGCUGGUGGAGACUAAGUCGGCUUCCUGCGGUGAGCCCGCCUUCCAUCUCCGGGGUCGCUGCGGUCUGCAAGGCCAUUUGAUCUGCUCUGUGUUCGUAACCCAACUGUAAUACGUCUGUCUCUCUUCCAGAUUUACGAGCAUCGGUCCCUCUCCCUUUUCUCUUUCUGCAGCUCUCAGUACAGUUCAGUGUGCUGUGAAUGGCCUAGUAAAGGGAGUAUAGACCUUCAGGCCUUCAGUAAUGGGAAAGCCAGACCCAAACUCUAAAUGCACUCAGUUAUGUGUUAUAUUGAGUCUCGGUCCUAUAAUCUUUUACUCUCCAGGUAAGUCAUUCAUGAUGGUUAAAGAUCGUGAAAAACCCUCUAAAGCUGGGUUCUCCCAGAGUAAUAUGAGCUCCAAAACACACCUAUACAGUAUGUGGAGUAUAAGAGGGUGUGUCCUUCAUGGAUGUGGUAUCUCAAUCUAUGCCAAACAAUUGUAUCUCAUGAGGGAGCUAGUUGAAGGCCCUCAGUUGGAUUUGUGGACUAGUGGUACCCUUUCAAGCACCAUCCAUCGUAUUCCAUUCAGCGAUAUCAUUGCUGUGCUCACCAGAAGCAGACUCGAUGCUGCUUAAUUGACCAGAAGCAACGACAUUGAUGGCGACAAGCACAUUUGGCACCGAAACACCACACAGUUAAUGGUUGGGGGGAUUGGCUCUAUCACAUCUACUACUUUAUGUUAUAGAAAACAGUCCCACAUAGGUCCCCCGAUCCUAUCCCCAAUCCCUUACACUCUGAAAGGUGCUUCCAAGAGCCAGGCUGUAGUACAGACUCUGUAGUAAGUCAAAAGCCUUUCUUGGUACCAUUUUCAAAGGACUCCCAGUAACCAGUCUGUUGUGUAGUAAGUCAGCACCACCCUCUCUUGGUACCAGUCUUUGAUGGAGUUCAGUGGUUUACAGAGCUAAAGAGGAGCUGUGAAGCUGUGUCAAUGGGGCCCCCUCACCAUUACCCCCCAAUCCCCUUUAAUUUGUUUAACUCGGCUGUUUGGACUUUAGCCUUUACAAAGCCCAGCUUUCCUCUCUCAAUGGCCACCCUGCUUCUUUCUCUCUGCUGGGAAAAAGAGAUGCCAGAGCGGGGAGGUAGCUAGGCUAACUACCGUACAGCGAGACCGGGAAUGUGCGACAAAGCUUGUUGGCGUAGUCAAGCUAUGUUUGCCUUGUAAACGCCAGUCCGCGUCACCUAGGCGAUGGCCGCAUUGUUGCGCUAGGAGCCCCCACUAACAGGCGAACAGUGGCGCGGUCAUACAACAGUAAGAUCUGAGGAUGCGAUGAAGGCUCAGCUAAUAUAACAGUUGAUGCCAUUUCUGCCCAGUCGCCAUGACACCCAGAGAAGGUUUGUUUGAAGAUCCCAGAACUAGAGUCACUGGGCACAUUGUGCUAACCAAGGAGUAUCUUUCUCUCUCUCUCUCUCUCUCUCUCUUCUCUCUCUCUCUCUUUCUCUCUGUCUUUUCUAUCUGUCUGCUUUCUCUCGUUCUUUUCUCCCUCUCUCUUCCUAUCCCUUCUGUCCUCUACUGUGCCAAUGCUUAACAAUAUUAAUGUAUUCUGUGUAGUGUGAGAGGUGGAGUGGGGGGGUUGUUUGGGUGUCGUGAAUGGAAAAAUCGUCCACCACCCCAACACUGACCAUCCCCCCCACCCGCUCCAUUCCUCCUUUUUCCAUCCUCUCUUCUCCUGGUUUGUUUGACACUUGUCUUUGUCUCGUGCAAAGAAAGAAUUGAAAAUAGAACAUGCCACAAGUCUUUUGGAGGGUUUCUCCUCUUGUUCUUGGGUGCGUGUUGAUGAUUCCUGAGCUUGGGCUUGAUUUGUUUUUGGAACCCAGCUCAUCCAAUGCCCAGGCUUGGGUGUUAUGUCUUCCUUGAGUUCUCCAAUAGGUGGGAAAGACUGGCUUUGACAAGGAGACGGGCAUAUUUCACAUACUUUCUCUCGUAAGAGAAGAAACAUCCCAGAUUAUACACACUGGGGGCGGAAUCCUUACUUAAGAUGUGUGUUUAACUUGAGGAUUUAACAUAAAGAUGUUACUCUUGUUAGGAUUUGGGCUGUUAGGAAUUGCAGCAUUUAGAUGAAUUACCACUUCUAAUAAGUGUACUGAUGAAAGCUGAGGCUUUUGUUUGCAGGUGUGUCAAUCUUUAAUCAACCUCUUAGACCUUCUGCCAGAGACAAGACAAGGAGAGAGAGAUGAGUGACUGAGGACACUGUGGAAAAUCCAUCCUACCUUUGUGUUUAGUUGGCAAGCUGAAAGCUGGAUGAGCACGGGCUGAACAUGGUUAGGGGUCAUCUCUCCUCUGAAGGGAGGAAGGUCCCACAUAGCAUAACAUACUGCCAUGGAUCCAUCCUGCAGCAACGGGUGCAUGACUGCAUCUCAUGGCAGGCUUGUGAAACAUCCUGGAUCUUGUUGAAGCAUAUAGAGAGUUGAGAUACAGGUACAUUACAAGUCCUUCAGUCAUCAGUCUCAUGGUGCAUUGAGGAAGAGCCACAAUCAGACCACAACACAGUUGUGGACUUCACCAGGAUAUAUGGGUGACAAGAACAAUGUUAAAGCUUUAAAGCUAACUUGGGGUUAGCCUUUUUAAACAGUGUUUAAGCUUUGAGCAAAAUGAGAAAGUUAACGCUGCCCCCCAAAAAAUAUCCAAUAAAGUAAAGCCUCCUUUUCACAGUCACUUCCUUUUACUGGGAAAGGGAUAGUGAACAGGUUUUGAGGGGGGUAGGUGGCAUUAGAAAGGCAGAUUACCCCUUAGCACCAAAGGGCCCUAGGAGGGUGGUGUGAGUUUCCCAGGGCUUAAGCAUCUCAUCAGGCAACGUGGGGGCAGACCUCUCGCCCUCUCUCCAAUGGACUAAUCCCAUGGGCCUGGGGAGGCUGCAGGGAAACCCCACACACAUACUCACACUCACACACACUCGAAUCCCGCAGGUGGCUUGCAUCUCAAGUAGGGCUGAAUUGUUAGGGCUUUCGAGGGGUUGUCAUUGAAGGUAGGUAAAGGGUGCAUUUAACUUCAUUUCAAUGAGUCCCUUCAAGCCUGUUAAGUAAACCUUAAAUACUUUUGAGGGCUCAUUUUGAUUACUUUUAUGUAAUUUUACCAAUGCCGAAAUUAUAAUUUUGACUAGUCUCCCAUGCCCUAUCAUUCAUUUCAGUGUUGGACCAAAAAAUACUGAAACAAACCAUUCAAAUCUAAGGUUGUACUAAAACAAAAACUCCAAGGUCGUUGUGAGGCACGUAUGAUGGUGUUGAAACCAUGACCUAGAGGAGUAACAGAUCCUGGAGCUCAUGGUUUGUCACAUUUACAAAUGCUUACACAACCUUUAUGACUUGGUUUUGGCUGGUGAGAGUGGAAGAUUGGAGGGUUAUAAAACAAUAGAUCUGAAACAGCAGUCACUUUACUGCUGAUUUUUCAAACUCCAUAAACAACUAACAGAUUUGAUCAGCCCCUAUGAAAUCUGUUAUUCCUUUGCGAAGGUUUUUCAUUUGAGGGUAUAUUACUUCAAUAUUAUGUUUAUCAAUGUGUACUAUUUCAUAUUACAAUAGAAUUGCUGGAAGAUAACUAUCUAUCAUGGUGUGCGAACCCUACAGGAUUACAAUUAGAAAAGUGAUGACCUCGCAAACCAUGUUAACAUAAAACUUGACCCUUCAUCAAAGGUCAGCCGAGUCUUUUGCAGCCAAAAAGAGCUAUGAACCAGAGGCAAAGGGCAAGAACGGGAGAGGUGUUUGUGGGUGUGUGUGUGUGUUGCGGAGGGCAGAGACAGAAAUACAACCUCCACCCGCCUCCCACCCUUUUCUCCACCAAUUAGGAUUUGUCUUACUGAUAUGUCAGAAAAGCUCAAAAGGGUGUAUCCAAAGCCUUACUUUGCCCAUCUCUAAAGCUCUUGGGUGGUCACUUUGACUGACUGACUGCACUGCAUACCCCUUGGCUUCAAUGGCGAAGCGUAGUCUAAUCUAUUUGGCCUGCAAAUGUGAUUGUUGUCAUUGCUUCGUCGAGACUGGGUCAGGAGUAAGUAACUUAUUUAGUUACUUAGAGGGACGGGGACAGUCCCAAAGAGAAGGGGAGGGAGGGUUAGUAGGGUGACUGGGUGGUAGGCGACAUAUCGAAGAAGAAGAUUACAUUAUUAUCCAACGAUGUACAUGAAUGUCUAACAUAAUUUGACUUUAGAAUGUUUAUCAAGCUGAAUCUAAAGAUGACAGUCAACUAUCCUGUUUUUAUAGCCUUCACACUGAAGGGUAGUUAAUUGCCUGGAGUUUGUGUGUGUAUAUUUCUCUAAGUGUGAGGUGUUUAAAGAGCCAUCAUGAGGGCUGUUGGGAGGAAUGUUCCCACUUGACGUUUAUAUUGUUGGUGCCCUGCGCACAUGUGUAAGUUAUCAAGUGGGGAGGUCCUGUCUCGACCAAUGAUCAUUCUGAGAGGUGGAAGACUAACAUGCUAGGCUUCAGACAGUGCUGUUUUAUUGAAAGUUUGACUUAAAAUGUGCAUAGGAGAAGAAGUGAAAAUAGGAGUAGGACGAAUUGGUUAGAUGUAGAGUAUGGUGAAUGUGCAUGGCCACAAAGUUGCGCCUGCAUCUCCCUCACUCAACUCGGAGACAGAGAUCUUUCCCUCAGAGGGAUCUUUCCCUCAGUUUUGAACGUUUUAGUAGUGUAUCCUUGCAGUAGCCAGACCACUGUAUUCAAUGAAGAAAUCCUAGAAGUAGGAGAAAGUGUUGCAACCAACCAAACUAAUGAGGCACUCAGACCUUUGGACUUUGCCACAUCCAAGCUUCCUAGCCAAGUUCUAUGUCUCAUAAGAACACCUGAUCUAGGAUCAGGUUUGCCUUUUAGAUCAAAAUGAACAAGAUUCCAUGGACGGGGGGGACCUGAUCCUAGAUUAGGAGUUCUACUCUGACUACGACCCAGGCAAUUAGUUCAGCAUGGUUCAUCAUCCCCCUAUCUCUCCCUGUGGACCAGACUGCAAUUACUCUGCUGAGUAGAAUGCACGACGAGAAAGCCAAAGUAUGAAAGAAAUGUAAACCAAAAGUGAAAAGGCAGGGAGGGAAAAUUACCGGCCCCCAUGCAAAAAACCAUGGACAACUUGAGUCAGCGAGAGACUGUCGACAGCCAUCAAGCCAUCAGAUUCUCCGGGAUGCAGUUGUUUGAAAUCUUCACCCGAUGGUGAUGCCAUUCAAGGAGAAAUACGAGAGGGAGAGCGAGAGGAAAGUGUAGCUAAAUGUGCCCUUGGAGAUCGUUUUCCAUAUCUACUGUAAUGUGUGGCAUGAGGUUGGGAGAGAAAUCCCCCUAGCUGCCAUGAAAGCUCACCACGGUGGAGAGGCAUGACACGUGACACCAGCCAUCCACCAGUUCCUUUCAUUCUUACCAACACCUUAGAAUGGUUUCAGAAUUUGAAACAGCUGUAGGUUUGAUGACAAUGGACUAGCCAAGACAACUGGAAAAGCCAUUGAACGGUGGUUGUAGGCUAGCCAUCUAAUAUUCAAACCAAAAUGCAAGCACAGAAUAACUAUCCAUUCUUGAUAAUAAAUGUUGGUCUUGAACUUUUGAAUAGUUUUUCUAUAUUGUCUUGGCCUUGAUUAAAACUUGAAUUUGAUCUGUGGCUAGCCUAAUGUCUGGAUCAUUUUCAGGUCCUGUGGGGUAAAAAGCUUUUGAUUAAGUGUGAGGUAGCUACAGUAUAAUCUUUCAGGUCUCCUCUGUCUCCACAGCAUUGGUGGAAAAACAUUGAUUACCCUCCAGUGAAGUCAGAUCCGAAACACAUGCCCACCGCAGUGUGAUCUGUGCCAAUAAACCUGUCACAAUUCUAGAUUGCACAUGAACUUGUAUUAAGUCAUCUUGGUGGAAAUGUGCAGGUAAUACGAGGGCAGUAGCCUAAGCACUGGGGCUCAACAAGGAUUUAGAAAAGUGGGUAGUGCCAAGGGUCUGCGCUAACUAGAAGAAGGCCUAGGCAUACCUUUUUCAAGUCUACUGAUUGUUUCCACCACCUAUUCCUUUGGUCUCUGGCUUUCCAGCUUAGCCUGACCAGAAUAAUUUAGGCAAUGUGUGGAAUUCCCUGUCUAUGUAACUAUUAUGUACUGUACCUGUCUAUGUAACUAUUAUGUACUGUACCUGUCUAUGUAACUAUUAUGUACUGUACCUGUCUAUGUAACUAUUAUGUACUGUACUUGUCUGUGCUGUAACUACUAUGUAUUAGGUACACUUAGUAAAGCAACAUUUUUUUGUGUUAAAAUUUUUUAAAUUUCUGUCGAGUCGCCCUCCUACUUAUCCUUCUGUGUGUGUUUCUAUUCUUGUUGCAGGGAUGCUGGUGGUGAUCGUGCUCCUACUCAUUGCUAUAGUGGUGGUUGCUGUGUGGCCCACCUAACGAAGAGGCUGAGGGGAGCGUUUUGGACAUCGCACCGUCUGUCGGAUUACCACUGAGACUGCAUAGAGAGCCUACAGGGGAGACGAGGUGCAGAGGCACUUAUGUAGGUAUGUAUCAAGCGUGCUGAUUUAGGACCAGGUUUUGCCUUUUAGAUCCCAUGGAAUAAAAUUACAUAGACAAGGCAGACCUGAUUCUAGAUCAGCUCUAAUACACUGAGACGCUUGAUACAUCUCUCCCCAGAGCUACCAAGCCCUCUUCUCCCUCCCUCUGUAUUUCCUCUCCUCGUGCCCCGUGUAUGAAAACUGAGUGUACUGUACUCUACUGUACCUCAACCAGCAACAAUGUUUUAUUUUCUUACAUGGGUGUUGGUUGGGUAAAGGGUAGCACUGACCCUACAGUAGGACCUCCCAUGGGGGGACUUUUUCUUUCAUAAUUCUGUCUGUGGGCUGAGAGGUCCGGGGUUCCGGGUCGCUAAUUCCGCUAGCUUAGCAAUUCACUCACACAUAUCUAUGAUUAUUAUGAUUAUAUUUACCCGCUAGCUGUUCUAAUGGUAUCAUUUGUCUUGGGAUUUUAUCAUGUUUAUAGGAUAAUGCCAGCCAGAACAUAUAACACAUAUGACUGUGUCACUUUUUAACAGUACUGUUUUAUUUUCUUGAUGUGAAUCAGUUCAGCUUAAUGCAACCUUGUAAUUUCUAAUAAACAACAUUUACAGUUAACAGCACAGUCCAUGGACUCCUUGGUGUAAAGAAUGUAGCUAUUAGUUCUCUGGAUUUACAGGUAGAUUGCAAUCAUGUUAUAUAAUAUUGGUAAUCUACUAAGGAUAAUGUACUGUAUGUAUACCAUACUCUGCAUUCUUCCACUAUGUCAAUUUAAAAGCCUUGCAAAUGCUGCAAAAGGUUGAGAGAUGCGUGCUUGCGUCGGUGUGAACAGUAUAGCUAUCCCACUACUGGUCCGAGCUUGGUCGUCUAAAGCUAUUCGAUCUACACCCAGCAUGCUUAGCCCUCUACUGUACUGCCCUAAGUCACACAUGGAGCUGUUGAUAGAAGUGUGUUACGCCCAACACUCUGGCUUCAGAGAUCCAAAGCAGACAUUAAGCACUUCAUCAGCCAAUUAUUGAAGUUGACAGAGAAGAAAGGCAUCAAAGAAAAAGAAAGAGUCACACUAGUGGCGACUUAACAGGAGUUUAUUUCAACUGAAUUCUGGAUUUAGUUCUACCAGCUUAGUGUUCAGUAGUUAAUGUUUCCUUCUUAAAAUCACAACCAUCUAAACAACCACAAACAAGUAAAAAAAGGCAAAAAAAACGGAAUAAAAUCCACGUCUCGUGUCAUUAAAUAUAUCCAUAUAUAGUAACCAUAAUAUAUUAGUACGCAUCGUAAAACAACAUCGCAAAAAAGGUUUCGCAAUGGCCAACACAGCUAAACAACAUUUACAAUUAAAAAGUAUUAACAAAAGCAACGUUUUGACAGGUCUGCGGGUAGUCAUAUUUGAUCAAAGAGGAGGUCAUUGUCAAUCCAUUGCUUGGAAAACUGAUCAAAAAUGUACAUCAUGGGGAUACAGAGACAGAAUGGAACAAACGAUCGAGGUUUGAUUAUAUAUUUUGUGCCAAACAGAAAUACAUUUACAUGUAAUGUCGCGAGUAUGAAUAUAACGAUGAAAGAAAAUAACCUGUAAAUAUAUGUAUAAAUACGUGUAAUAUGUCAUCUGUAUAUUUGAUCUUUGUAAGGAAGACACCAGCACAAAGCAUAUGUAUUUAUAUGACUGAUCUGUACACAGAGAGAAACGGUAUGGAACACAGAUGCUGACAAUCAGACCCUCAAUGUACAUCUGAUUUGGUUUAAAAUAAAAUAAAGAUGUGGUUUGAAUUCAUUUGUGGAUAAUCAGGUGAUUGAAUUACAUGAUUUUUCCUCCUAGUCCUCAUUUCGUCCCUCAGCGAAUCGUUCUGAACUUAAUUAAUUUGACAGCCUUGUAAGAGACAUUGAAGAAUGUCUGCAGCUGUUGAAUUGCUGCCGCUACGGCAUCCAUAUUAGGAAUUCCAUAUUAGGAAGACCACUGACAGUUUUAGCCUGAAAUCUGACGACUUGCUUAAUAUGGAUGCCGUACACCAUUCAAGACAGAAUUUUCAAGAACUCAAGAGUGACAGGCAGUCCAGCAUGUAACAUGUAUAUCUUAUGCACAAGGGUGAGGUCUAUGGACGGUUAAGUGGGGGGAGAAGGGGUAUGAAGCAAGAAUUUAGAGAGAUGACUUCUAACAAUGUUUGUCAAAGAGGUAAACUGCACUCUUACAUUUCUGUUGCCUCAAUACAACAAGAAAAGAAAUACUGUUCUUAGGUGUGCACUGUCCAUUCUCUUUGCUUUCUAAAAUCUACAAUCAAUAAAUUGAAGUUAAUAAUAGGUUUAUUAUCUAGAUAAUUUUCACAUAAAAAUACUACUUAUACAGAUUUAUUAUUGUUGACUGCCAACCCCUUUUUUAGUACCUUGGGGAAGUGACUUGUUUCAAUUCCAAAUGCUUUACAUAUUGUGAUUUUUUUUUUGUACUUACAUUUUACAUACAAAAUGAGGUAAUAAUUAUUGUUGGGCAUGUAGACUUCUUGGCAUCCAAAAUAUGGUGAAUUUUAAUACAACACAGAAACAAUUCUGUGCAGAUUGGUGAAUAGCCUACAGUAUUAGGAAAUAUUGUUCCUAGGGAGAGGUCAUAUAAAUAUGUACAUUGUAACGCUUUCAAUUCAAUAUGUACCAAUAUCUCACUGCUUGGUUAACGUUCUCUGAAAACAAUCAGAUUUGUGUUGUCAACACACAGGGCCUAGUGUUGUAGCUAAUCUAUUUGAAACCUUAGGUAUGAUAAGGUAUCAAUUACAACAUUGCAAAUGUUUCCUUUUGGUUUUGUGUAAAGCAUGUGUACUGUAUAAUAAUAGUAAUGUGAAUUCAUAUUUCAUAAAUGUACACCUUCAAUAAAAAAAUAUAUUUAAAACAUCUGUAUACUAAAUCUGGGCAUUAUGGGGAAGAACCACACUGCUUUAUGUCUCUUAGAAGGAAGGACUGGCUCCUAAAUGACUCGAUCAUUAAAUAUAUACUGAACAAAAAUAUAA